AACUUCUCUCUAAAGUCACAGCAAUAAUAAUUGCAAUAAUUAUGAGUUUCCUAAACUUAGUGGGUCGCGUUGCAAUUGUGACUGGGGCCACCUCUUGCGUGGGAGCGGCCACGGCCCGCAGAAUGGUGAAUUUGGGCAUGAAGGUGGUUGGCGUUUCCCGUAAAUCGCUUGGAGCUGCCCAGCAGGAUGAUAUUUUUUCCAGCCAAAAGGGCCAAACAGGCGAGAUGUUCUUUAUCCAAGGCGAUGUGACCAAGCAAAACGACAUCAGUCGAAUUAUCGAAUGGACCAGGGAGAAAUUCGGCCGCACUGAUGUGCUUAAAAGGAAAAACUCGCAUUUAAUUUCGUCCUGUCGGCGUACCUGUGAGCACUUGAAUUUAUCAACUAAUUUCAAUAUGAUGUUGAAAAACUUGGCGAAUCGCGUUGCUAUUGUGACUGGAGCCAGCUCAUGUAUUGGAGCGGCCACGGCCCGCCAAAUGGUUAAUUUGGGCAUGAAGGUGGUUGGCGUUUCCCGUAAAACCCCCAAGCGGAAUGAAGAGGGCCAUACGGGCGAGAUAGUCUUUGUGCAAGGUGACGUGACCCAACUACGCGACAUCAAUAAGAUUCUCAAGUGGACCAGGAAAGAGUUUGGCCGCACUGAUGUGCUCGUGAAUGCCGCUGGAUUGUUCCACAACUUUACUAUUACUUGUAAUAAUGUUAUUAACGUAUUUUUAAUAAGCACUCUAAAGAAUUUCCUCAUUUAG